GGGAAAAUCAAGUACAGGUGGAGAUUUGCUGAGGAAAGGUAAACGUUGAUGUAGUUUGUGUGAGGUUAAUUUAGGAGGCUGAAUUCCAGAGUUUUUCUUAAUUUACUCAAGGAUGCUCAGAAUGCCUUGUUCAGAGCUAAGGGCUUAAGUGCAGGGUUGACCUACCUAAACAUCCGGGAGAUGUAAAUAUUCAUUGAGGCCAAGAACCUGAAGGGCAGUGAGGAGGCCUGUUUUCAUUGUCCCUGCAUGUUUUCCUUCUCAACUUCAGCCACUUUUGUUUCCCACUUUCGAAACAGCUUUUACUUUAGGAAGCUUUCAGACCUGUUCGCCAAAUUCUCUCACUGCGCCAGGCUUCCCGACUGCGGUGCCAGCCCCAGUCCUGCACUCGCAGCUGUCCCCAUCAGACCUGGGCUGCCAGCUGAGAAGCAGACAAGAACAGCGCCUGCUGCUGCCCACCCACUGUCCCCUUGGCCCAGAAGUGGAGGCCACGCGAAGUGCUGAGCCACUGGUGGCUUCUGUGAAGUGCGGUUUGCCCAGCUGCCCUGGAGAUUAGCGCUUUAAUGGGUUUAGGAUUAGGCAGCACCCAUCCUGGUUAGACAAAUUCCUUGGUGUGUGUCUCGUGGAAAUGUCGUUAGGUGGAAAACCAAAGGGGAGGCCCUGGUGGUCUGGAGCGGGGACACUUUCGGGCUAGAAUGCUUUACAGAAAACACUACAAAUCCUGAACCAAGUUCAAGCGACCCCAUAAUCGCUGAAGCUUCUAGAAUCCGGCCCUUGGGUAGACCGGCCGAAUACUGGCCCCGCCCCUCCAUGGGCGGAAGUGCGGCCCCGGAAGUUGCCUAGCACCGCGGCCUGUGAGAUAGACAUGGCUACCGAGGGGGACGUGGAGCUGGAGUUGGAAACCGAGACUAGCUGCCCGGAGCGGCCCCCAGAGAAACCGCGAAAGCACGACAGCGGGGCGGCGGACCUAGAGCGGGUCACCGACUAUGCGGAGGAGAAGGAGAUCCAGAGCUCCAAUUUGGAGACGGCUAUGUCUGUCAUCGGAGACAGGCGGUCCCGGGAGCAGAAGGCCCGACAGGAGCGGGAGAAAGAACUGGCGAAGGUCACUAUCAAGAAGGAAGAUCUAGAGUUGAUAAUGACAGAGAUGGAGAUCUCACGAGCAGCUGCGGAAAGGAGCUUACGGGAGCACAUGGGCAACGUGGUGGAGGCUCUCAUUGCCUUAACCAACUGACUGCUGCCUUCUCAGAUAUGUUGCCUGUGCUAACUUAUUGCAAUAAAGAUUUUUUCUUUUACAGUUUUA